AUGUCCACAAAUAGCUCCAUCCUGGGCGACUCCUGGGUAGUCGAGGCGGCCGCGUCGCCGUCUCCAAAGAAGCACCCGCACCCGACCAAUUCCCAGCCCUCGCGCGCCACUACCGAUCACACAAAGAAAGUUCCGUCGCCUAGAGAGACGCGGGCUAGCGACCAUGACUCCGCGUCCGUGGCUACAGCCUCGGCAUCUGGCUCUUUCUCCGGCCCGGAGCUGAUCAUGCCGUCGAUCUACGAGACGCCCGUUGACGGGUCCUGGGUCGCGCCGAACGUGCGAUCGAGGCAGAAGCACGGGCAGCAGGGACAACGGCGCAGGCAUCAACACCAACCGCCCGGUACAUCACCCAAGGACCAGAAAUCCCCAAGUCACCGAGACGGGGCCAGGAAUCAGGCCAGCGAAGCCGACCAGCCUCGUGACCCUCAUCACGACAAGGAUCCUACCAAAUCGGCACCCUCCCUCCUCACCCGCCUGGAACCCAGCCUCCGCACCCUCCUCAACGCCCUCCUCCUCGCCUCCAUCACCCACCUCCUAAUCCUCCCCGAGCUGAUCACCCAACACCAAAGCUUCUUCUGCACCAUCCCCGUCCUCUCCUCCCUCUACCCAACCAGCUGCACCGCUCCCUCGCCCUUCACCGUCCCCAGCCCCCAGCAUCUCACCACCUCCCCCGCACGCACCCACGAACAGAAACUAGCCCUCCACGCCACAUCCCUCGAACGCCUCUUCACAUCCACCCUCACCACCCUCUCCCCUCUCCCCCCGCUCCUCAAACAAAGCGACGCCCGGCUCCGCGCCCUCCACUCGGACCUGAGCUCUGCGUUCCCCGGCUCCCGCAACGAGCUGGCCCUCGAGUUCUCCGGCCUCUGGGAAUCAUGGCGCUCCGGGUCCCGGAAGUUCGAUUCCCUGCGCGCCGAUCUGCGCUCUGCGGUGGAUAAUCUCAUCGCCACGUCCAUCUCCAGCUCUGCUUCCUCUGCGGACGGGGACGGGGGCCACGCAUCGAAUGAAAAAGCCAGAGGCGGGAACCAAGAGAAAGCGCAAGCCCGCGCCGCGCAAAUCUCCUCCGCCCAACUCUCCCGCCGAGCAGCGUACCUCGAUCAACUGACCUCGCGCAUGCAGGGCAAGGCCGAGGCACUGAGCACCGAUCUCGCGACGGUAGAGGAUCAUCUGGAGUCGAUUGAGCGGAUCAUUAUGCGCGAACAUCACCCUUCCUCCUCCUCCUCCUCUUCUCACUCUACCUCUGACACCAUAGAAAAGACAGAAGGAGAAAGAGAAGGAGGAGGAGGCUGGCUAUCACAAGUCCUGGGACUAGGAGGCGCCCGCCAAGAGAGACGGACACUUGGGCGGUCAGAGCGCGAGGCGCUGGUGGUUGCGGCGACAGGCCAUCGCGCCGUCGCGGAGGCGGUCCGAAACCUGUCUCAGCGGUUAGAAGCGGUGCAGCGGCGGAAGAUAGCAUGA